UUUCGGUCCUUCCCCUUCUCCCUUCUUCAUCCUCCACGUCCCUCUUGGUCUUCAGCCAAAUUCUUCUUCUCCUCUCAGCCAUCUAGCCAAAUACAAGCAGCAACGUAGGCGGACAACCUUCGUGUUUCCGUCCAGGGAGCUCGUCCAUCCUUCCAAGCUGCAUGUAUCUUCGCCUUGGCCAGCUCAGACACCCAGCCGGUCUCGUCUCGUCUGAAUCGGACUCGUAGUCUUUUCGCUGCCCUUCGCUGUCUCUUGAUUGAGAGUAGAGCGUGUCCAGGAUCCUCGCUCAGGUCGUUCCCCCAUGUUGCAUUAUCCUGUUUAUCCCCCGCCCUCGUCCCAAGUUCUCAAGAAAACAGUGGUUAAAGACAAUAGUGACUAUUUUCGCCAUCAUGAUCCCCUCACCACCUCUCCGAGAAUCCCCCAAUCUUCAAUAACUCACAAACGUCUGCAGAAAGAGGUUUCUUCUCGUUCUGCAUACUCUCCUUAUCCUCAUCCUCCAUCAAUUCCGCUGUCCAUUAGUACUAAUCUCUCUUCUUCUCCUGCCUCUUCCAUUGCUUCCCCUUCCCCCGCCUCUUCAAAGUUGUAUAGAAGCCCCUACAUUCCCUCUCGUCGCACCCUCAGCAACGUUUCUAUUUCUGAGUCUCGUCCUUGGUCUUCCAUCACCCCAGCAGAAUCUCGGGUUCCAUCUACUCCUUCAGUUGUGUCUUCAACUUUAGAGGAUGUGUUUUCACCCGGUGAUAUCUUCGGUGAGGGAACCAAACUCCAGGGUGAGAUCAUCAAGUUGGUUUCCAUUGGUGUCGCUCCCGAUCGGCCACACACACCUGAACACGAAACGCCAGCGAGGGAAUUUGAGGUGGUUAGACGUCUCGGUGCUGGAAGUUAUGCUGUUGUGUACCUAGUUGUUGAGGUUCUGUUCCGUCCUCCGUCGGAAGAAGGUGGCAUGUCUGUUGUGGGCGGCCUGGAGAUGGAAGGCAAACCUCGACCCGCCCCCAUUCAGUAUGGACGUGAAUACGCCAUCAAAUGUCUGUCGAAAGCCAACCUUGACGAGGAUGCUUUGGCUGCCCAGAUGUCCGAGGUCACUAUUCACCAGUCUUUACGGUCUCACCCAAACAUUGUUACACUUCACCGGACCCUCGAAACGUCUUCUUUUCUUCUCCUCCUCCUGGAGUUCGUUCCAGGAGAGGAUCUUUUCUACUUCCUUGAACAGGCUCGCGACCAUUACGAACACGAAAAUGAUUCCUCCAAUUCCGCUGACUCCUCCUGCUCUUCACGAACACCCCCCACUCCAAGUCUUCUUUCCACAAUGAACCCCUCUCAACAACUUUCCCGAACUCGCCUCCGUCUUAUUUCGUCCAUGUUUUCCCAGAUGUGUGAUGCUGUUGCCGCUUGCCAUGACCAACAAGUAUUUCAUCGUGACAUCAAGCCCGAGAACUUUAUUGUGACCGAUGGCUGGAACACCGCUCCCGAUGGUCGGCAGGAACGUAAAGUGGUUGUCAAACUAACUGAUUUUGGGCUUUCUACCACCGACAUUGAAUCGUCUGACAUGGAUUGCGGCAGUGCACCGUACAUGAGCUAUGAAUGUCGCAAUAACCUAGCUCCCACUUAUCGUCCACGUGCAGCUGAUGUAUGGUCUCUGGGUAUCGUCCUCAUCAACAUGUUGUAUCACUGCAACCCAUGGACUGAUACGGAGGAGGGUGCUUGCAGUACAUUUGGCCUGUACCUUCGUGAUCCCGUCAACUUCUUCAUGAACCGUUUCACGGGGAUGACCCGUCAGGUAGCAGAGGUGCUUUCUAAUCGCGUCUUCAACGUUCUCGAUAACCCGCAGGACGAUAGCACGCGAUUCACUGCCUCUGCUUUCGGUGCUUGGAUCAAGGAUCUUCCCGACCUCCUUGCAGACCAGCCUUCUGCCCCCAAAGGACAUCAACGUACUGUAUCGGUCACGUCCAUCACUCAUGGUUUCCCUAUCUCUUCUUGUACUCCCAUGUCACAUCGGCCGUCAUCUCGCCAUGUUUCUGGAACUACCACGGUCCGUACUCCAGCCAUUCCUUCUCGCUCCCUUUCCCGUGCUCCAUCUCUUACAGCUGCUUAUGAGCAGCGGGAGAUUGCCGAGCUUUCUACUGUCAUCGAUCAGGAGGUUGAGGACCAGGAAGAUCGUCUUGAGGAGGAGGAUGACCUUACUCCAGCCGGCAUGACCUCGAGGUCCACGUCGACCAACAAGCGUCGGAAGCGAGGUGCCAGGAAAGGUAAAGGUGUUUCUGGAACACCUGGUUCUGCCAAGAAUGACGUGGAGGAGACAUUGAACACUCUCGCCCAUGCUUCACAAUCUUUGGCGAGAGAGCUCAGUAGGACGUCCAAAUUGUCCGGUUUGACCAAGUCGCCAUCCGUCAGAUCCUCCUCCACGAAGACAUCGGGCAAUUCUCGUAAAUCUCAACCGUAUGAGCCAGUGUCGAUGUAUGCCUUCCCCGCACCACUAUGUAUCAAAGAGAGAGGGGCAACAACAAAGACAUUAUCAUCUGAAACAUCUUCUGGCGUCCUUCGCACAUCAUCGGUUACUCAGACAUCUCCUCGCUCCUCAUCAUCCAUUGUCCCCCCGUCAUCUGGCCCCACUUCCGUGCCAACGAAGAAACCCUCCAAGUGGAAGUUGAGCUUCGGGAAAGCUCAUACCGCUUCCAUUCCAGUAGAGGAUGUUACCUCUCCACCCAGUCAAGCAGGGGAGAGCAACAAUCCACCGCAAAUGUCUCAAACAGUCAGCCAGGUGUCCACGUUAAUCAUGGGACUCAAUCCCCCACCCCCACCCCCCCUUGUAUCGAUGUCCAGCUCUGCCGACGAUAGCUCGUCGUGGCGGAUGGGUCGCCGCGGACGUGCUACUCCACUCCACUCCAACGUCAAGGAUGCUCGGCCGCCUUUGCCUUGCUAUACGAUGUCGGAUGACAGAUCUGACCGUGCUGGAUCUCCUCAUAGCGGUCGCGGUGGCCGUGCUGUCGCUUCCAGCUGUAGUUCAGUUGCUUCCGGUAAUUGGCGAAGCUCAAUGAGUACCGCAUCGAGCUCAGGGGCGUCCUCUUCGGCAUUUACCCGUUACAGUAACUCGAGUACACGCAGCAUCUCUACCGCUGCCACCAGCGUGUCUUCUGCCAGUUGGAGGACGAAUAGCAAAUCUUUCGGUGGACCAUCAUCGUCCUCUGACCCUUCGCCUUCCCUGUAUAGCGCGACUUAUUCCGGAGUUCCCAAGAACAUCAAGAUCAUGGAUGGUGUUCCGUGGGAGUUGUUUGAGUUGCCUAGAGGGCAGCGACCAGAGCCGGCCGGCGAGAUUUUCAACAAGUCACCUUUACCCCCUGCGCCUCGUAAACAGCGUAGUCGGAAAAAGAUGAAGGAUAGCACCGCUGGGCUCGAUACCAUCUCCGAACGUGCACCGUCUCACAAGGUUCCGCCAGCAAUGCAAAGGGACGCUUCCACGAGUACAUCAGACCUUACGGCGGAUGUCAACAGUGGUGAUGACAACCGACCUCCACAGAAGGCUUUGCAAAAACAACAGAUCAACGCACUGGGGCGGAUGCUCUCGGCGUUGAGAAGGUGA